AUGAACGCGAUUAAGAAACGCUUGCAAAUGCUGAAGAUCGAAAAAGAUUUGGCGAUGGAUAGGGCCGACAUGUGUGACCAACAGGCGAAGGAGGCGAAUCGCCGAGAGGAAAAGCUGAGGGAUGAGGUCCGGGAGUUGGCAAAGAAACUUGUGCAAAUGGAACGGGAUUUGGAAUUAAGUAAAGCCCAGUUAGAAAAGUCUAAUAGAGAUCUCGAACAGAAAGAGAGAGUUUAUAUCGUGACGCAAUCGGAGUUAGCCGUUCUGAACAGAAAGAUGCAGCAAUCUUUGCAGAAUUUAGAAAAAUCCGAGGAACGCCGUUUAACGGCGCAAACAAAAUUGGCACAAGCGAUGGAGACUGCAGAAGACGCAAAACGGAUUUGUAAAGUUUUGGAGACCAGAAGCAAACAGGACGAAGAAAGAAUGGAUCAAUUGAUGGCGCAGCUAAAGGAAGCGAGAAUGAUCGCUGAAGACGCUGACACAAAAUCGGACGAGAUAUCCAGAAAAUUGGCUUUCGUCGAGGAUGAAUUGGAAGCGGCUGAAGAAAGAGUAAAAUCGAGCGAAGCUAAGAUAAUAGAACGUGAAGAUGAACUAUUCAUCGUUGGCAAUAUACUGAAAUCCUUGGAGGUGUCUGAAGAGAAGGCCAAUCUAAGGGUGGAAGAGUUCAAAGCGCAAUUGAGGGACUUGAAAUUAAAAUUAAAGACUGCUGAGCGGAGGGCUAUAAUUGCAGAGAAGAUGGUUAAAGUGUUUUCGAAAGAGUUGGACGCGAGAGAAGAUUUCCUGCAUAGAGAAAAAGAGAAAUACAAAUAUAUUUGUGACGACAUGGAUUCCACGUUCGCCGAACUCACCGGAUACUAGUCAAACUUUUUUAUUAAUCAAUUUUACCAUCUUGAACAGUGUGUCUGUAUUAUACGUUUUCUAUUAAAAACUAUUCGUAAACUUACCUGCUUAGUUUUUGUUAAUAUAUACUUCUCUACGUUUGU